AUUACUCAUCUGGUAAGUGAUUCCAAUACCAGUAUUAAAAAGCUGACAAGAGAAAGUAACAUUCAAACAAUAGAUUGUCUUGUCCAUAAAAUUCGUGGAAUGAAAAGAAAGUUUUAUACCCUUUCUUUGAGUGAGCAAAUUGUAGGUAAAACAACAAGUCCUCAAUUUAAGUACAUCAGAUCACAGCUGUGUGAAACAUUAGCAAAUCGCUUAUCCCUAGAACUAAGAUUUAUGAGAAACAAGCACAAAGGCAACAUCAAUAAUUUUUUAAGGGAUGUCGAAAGACUUACGCAUAUAAUAAUUCCUUGUCUUUCUGGUUCUCGUGGCAUGUGCAAAAUAUCAUCAUAUUGCAAUGGGCAAAACAUUAAAAAACAACUCCCAAAUAAAAUGUACCUCAAGCCAACCCCAACAGACUCGAAACUUCUUCAACAGUGCAUUGAUUGUAGGAGACACGCGUCCAUCUGAAGUGAGCAAAUGUCCUUUCGACCCUUCGAGAGCAGGCAAUACUCUGUGGCGGCCUAACCACCCCUUUAACGAUUAACGAG